AUGGUCGGCGCACCCAAGGCGCACGCUCGCGGCAAUUCCUACGCCUCCUCCACGAUGUCGCGACCCGGUUCGACCACCUCCCGACCGAACAACGGCACCCUCUCGAGCACGAUGGGAUACGGCUCGCGCCCUGCAUCCGCGAUGUCUCGCCCACAGACUUCCCUUGGCACUCGCAAAAUCCACGGCUCCUCGAUGUCGAUGGCGCGCCCUGCGACCUCGUUAGAUCACCACGGCGAUGAUAAUGCAGGAAGUGUACUUGGAAAACGCAAGGGUAUGCAACUGUCAAUCCUCUCCCCUUCUCGCAAUUAUUCCUGCCCCAUUGGACCUCCGGACCCUCGCAUGCAUACCUCCAGCCUCGGAGGACCUCGUUCAGCAUCAACCUGGAGAAUGAACAAGAAUCCCUCCGCGCUGGAGGCCCCAAGGAUGAAUAUGCAUGAAGCCUCCCCGCCUAUUUCUCAUUGCCUACCCAUCCGUGGAAACGCAAGUGAUGCUGGUGCCAAGGAAUCUACCCCAGCUAGACCGGGCCAGCGAUCCAGAGUUCCCAUUAUUACCCCAUCCAAGCCCGUUCAACCGGCUUCCGUCUCCCCGCAAAGGAGGUCCAAAAGGCCCCCCAUUCCAUUGUUUCUCUCCAAAGAAUCCACAGUAACAAAUUUUAACCGUCAUUUAGAUUCCGAGUGGGACCAAGAGAUGAAAGAAAAGACCAUGGAGGAAAUCAUGGCUCGUGUCUUCUCGCGCGUCAAUCAGUCCGGACAAGAAAGCCAAGGCCUGAAAGAGGCUGUGGAGGUGUACAAAGCCAGAAUCACCGAACUUGAGGCUUCUCGAGAUGGGUUAAACGAAACUAACAUGAAGCUGCGGGUUGAAAUGGAAUCAUUGAACCACCAAUUAAGCGCAGCCGAGGACGCAUUGAAAGAGGCCCUGCGAGAUCAAGAAAUCGCCAUGGACGACCUGGACCGACGCCAACGAAUAGAGAUGGAAUCAAUCAGACAAGAGGGCACGAAAGAUGUCGAAGCGUUAAACAAUCGUCACCAGGAUGAGAUUCGCAGUCUGAAACGGAAAUUUGAAAGCGAACUCGCAGAUGAAAAAGCGGCGCGGGUCCGAGAACUCGGCCAGCUGAGCUCGAAAUCAGCCUUGGACAUUCAAAAAUCAGAAAUCGAGUUGGAUAACAAGACCCGUGAGAUCAAUGCUGCACUGGCUCAGAUUCAAUGCAUGAAAGCCGAAUUGGAACGCGAACGAAAGAUGACCCACGACCUUCGACACAACUUGGAUACCGCCAGCACCAAUAGUGUUACGUUGGAGUCUACAAUCCGAGCCUUGAAGGCCCGCAUCGAGUUCCUGGAGGGUGGCCGAGAAGAGCAAUCCCAAGCCUUUGAGCAAUGCAAUCAGAGAAUGAUGGAUGCUCUCGCCGAGACAGAGGCAACCAAGGAGAAAUUGCGGAGAGAAGAGACCCUUCGUCGAAAACUUCAUAAUCAAGUGCAGGAGCUCAAAGGCAAUAUUCGCGUUUUCUGUCGUGUCCGACCACCUCUCAACAGUGAACCGCCCACUGCCAUCGCUCUGAUGCAGUACCCGGACGAGUCGGAAGAUGCCAAGGAGAUUAACAUCAUGGGCCCCGAGGAAAAGAGUAGCUUGGGCACAGUUUCUCGCAAGAACAAUAAUUUCGCCUUUGAUCGGGUGUUUGGUCCCUCAACGCAAAACAACGAGGUCUUUGAUGAGAUCAGUCAGUUGGUCCAGAGUGCAUUGGAUGGCUACAACGUGUGCAUCUUCUGUUACGGUCAAACGGGCAGUGGUAAGACCCAUACCAUGUCUUCACAGGACGGUAUGAUUCCUCUUGCCGUGCACCAAAUCUACGAGACUGCUCAAAGUCUGGAGGAGAAGGGUUGGCGAUACACGAUGGAGGGUAACUUUGUCGAGGUUUACAAUGAGAACCUGAACGACCUGCUUGGUAACCCGGAUGAACUCGACAAGAAGAAGCAUGAAAUUCGCCAUGACAUGCAACGGGGCAAGACCUUCAUCACAGAUAUCACCACUGUCCGCCUGGACUCGCCCGAGAUGGUCGAGUCUAUUCUAAAGAGUGCGGCUGCGAACCGCUCGGUUGCCGCUACCAAGGCGAACGAGCGCUCCUCGCGGUCUCACUCCGUGUUCAUUCUGAAGCUGAUUGGUGAAAACCACAUCACUGGAGAGCGCAGUGAGGGCACCCUUAACUUGGUCGAUUUGGCUGGAAGUGAACGCCUAAGCCACAGUGGUGCAACGGGAGAGCGUCUCAAAGAGACUCAAAACAUCAAUCGUAGUCUGAGUUCGCUCGGUGAUGUGAUUGCUGCCCUCGGCCAGGGCAAAGAUGGUGGACAUAUCCCAUACCGCAACAGCAAGUUGACUUACCUCCUCCAAUUCUCCCUCGGCGGCAACUCCAAAACGCUCAUGUUUGUCAUGGUCAGCCCGCUAAAGGCUCACCUUUCGGAGACUCUGACAAGCUUGAAGUUUGCCACCAAGGUGCACAAUACCCAUAUCGGCACAGCUAAGCGACAGGCGCGUGUCCGUGACUCUUGA